AGCUAGAACUGUGCAAUGGGUGAAGCCAACGAGAAUCCCUACGACAUGGACAGCUCCAGCUUCGAUUCGGAAAUGUACCUGGAGAGGCUGCUAAAGGACUGUUCGCUGAAACAAAUUAUGGACACGGAGGCAGCUGUGGUAAAGGAUACCCAAACCCUUCACUCGGACAUGCAAACCCUGGUCUACGAGAACUACAACAAGUUCAUCUCCGCCACGGACACUAUUCGCCGAAUGAAGGACGAUUUUAAGCAGAUGGAGACGGAUGUGAAUCUUCUGAUGACCAAAAUGCAGUCCAUCACCACCUUUAGUGAGCAGAUCACGGGAACUCUCCAGGGAACCCGAUCGCAGCUCUGUCGUCUGUCCGAGAAGCACUCUCUCCUCAAGCGGCUGCAGUUCCUCUCCACCCUCCCCGCCAAGCUGAAAUCCCUCAUCGAGGAACAGAACUACUCGCAAGCAGUGCAGGAUUACCUCCACGCCCAGAAGGUGUUCGCUCAAUAUGGACGGCAACCCUCGUUCGACGGCAUCCAAAAGGAUUGCGAUGCCAUAAUGGCGGAUUUGAAGGAGCGCCUGCGGAAGGAUUUUCAGAGGGCUGGGAAUACGGCCCAAUCGCUAACCGAAAUCGGAGAGCUGCUCCUGCAGUUGGACGAGAAGACUUCGGACCUGGCCAGCGAGAUGCUCACCUGCGCCGGAAAACGACUCCACGAGCAGAUUGUCAUGCUGCAGGACCAAACGGAGCGGGAUAUGCUGGAGUUUGUGGACAUGGGCAUCGACGGUUUCCUCAACGAUUUGGCCUUGGUGGUGACCUCCUACUUUGACAUGUUUGUUGCCAAGCACUACGAGCAUGAGAGAGAUGACUUUCAGGAGAACGCCCUGCAGGAGCUGAAUGUAUUCCUCAACCAGAACAUUGACAAGUAUCUGACCCUCGUCCAGGACCGUGUUGAGUCUGAUAUUGGCUACGGCGACACCCAGGUGAUGCUCCGCGCUCUGGAUCGCCUUCACCGACGUCUGCAGGCCAUGCGAAAUAUCUGCCGCGGCCUCGAGGUCCAACGCAACACUGUUUCCAUCAUUAUUGGAGCUGCCCACCAGUUGUGCGAUGCUCAUUCGAAAAAUCUCAAGGACCACUUUGCCGACAGCUUGAGUGCCGUGAGGUUGUCCUUGGUUUCGGCCAAGAGCGAUACCGGUAGCCUGAAUCUGAGCGAUCUGAUUAGCAAUCUAUACGUGGCCAUGGUGGAAAAGAUCAAGGGUGUGCUGCAGGAUCUACUGAUCUUUCUGCGCACCGAUUGGUCCUUCAACAUCAAGGCCGAGCACAAAGGCGCCCUGUGUGUGGAGGGCAUACGGGAGAACCUGCUGAUCGGCUUCCUGCGUCACAUAGCCAAGGUUAUGUGCGGUUUCGGUGACGCCUCCAGCUCCAGUCCCCCAAAUCUACUGCUGGUUCUCUCCAAGACAUGCCUGGAACUGGAGCAGCAAGGCGUUCACAUUUUGAUUGCUCUGGUGGAUGACCUCUACGAGAUCGACUCUGAGAACAGUGCCACUCUGACCCACGAAACCGAAAUCUGUGCCGAGAUGCGGGAAACGGCUCAGGCUCUCUUAGACGCCUAUGUUCGGCUGCAGGGCACAAACAUCUCACAGAUGCUGCGGAAAAGCGUCGAAACGAGGGAUUGGCUGAACUGCCUGGAGCCCAGAUCCGUGCGCGCUGUGAUGAAGCGGGUGGUCGAGGAGCUGGGCAGCAUUGAGACCGUGGUGGCCAGUCUGUAUGAGUCCACGGGCACCACAGCUUCCGGGUUCCGCACUACAGCCAGCAGUGAUUCCAGCCGGAAGACCUACUUCAGCAACUUUGCCUCGGCAUCGAAGCCGCAAUAUCGCUCCAAUUGGUCCAACUACACGCCGUCGCAGCUGGAAUCCAGUUACGUGUCCAACAUACAUCGACUGUUCUCCGAACGAGUGGAGAUCUUCACGUCAGUGGACUUCACCAAGGCGUCCAUUGUGAUGGGCAUUAUCAAAAUUGGUCUAAAGACCCUCUUGGAGUGCGUGCGCCUGAGGACGUUUAGCAAGUUUGGACUUCAGCAAAUCCAAGUGGAUGCCCACUACCUGCAAAUGAACCUCUGGCGGUUCGUGAGCGAUGAAAACUUGGUGAACUUCCUCCUCGACGAAAUCCUCGGCUCUGCUGUCCAGCGCUGCCUGGAGUCCGUUUUAAUGGAGCCCAAUGCUGUGGAAAUAAUUUGCGAAAGGGGUUAGUAUUUGAAAACAAAAAUCCACAUUCCACUAAAUACAUGUAUCCGUCUAUUUUGUUGAACUCUGCUAGCUUAAGGAUCUUUACAAUAAAUAGUUCUAUUGACAAACCGA